GACGACAUUCUCUCCUUCCGACCGUCACUUUAGGGCUCGCUCGCACCCCGCGAUCUUCGUCAGGGUCCACUGUCUAGUUUGCUCGCUCGCUCGCUCGAGGUCAAAGCGAUCUUCUCCGCGGUUGCAAGCAUCGACGUCGGAAGACCAGAGAGACGAGUCGCAGCGACUCUCACAGCUGGUCGACGAAGGAAGCGGCAUCAGCGCGUUCACCCUUCGCCUCGUCUGACCAUGGACGAGCUCGCUGCCCGCCUCGGUCUGGAGGUGGCUCAGCGUGCUAUGCAAUCACCUGCCUCAACACGCUAUCUCGUAGGCAUAGCUGGGGUCCCGGGAUCGGGAAAGACGACCUUGGCCAAGCAUGUUUGCGCAAUUGUAAACGCCGAGCUACAAAAGCUUCAAGCCAGCUCCGGCGCCGGCCCGUCUUCGCAAUGCCCAGAAGCCGUGAUCGUAGGCAUGGACGGCUGGCACUACUCUCGCGCUCAGCUUUCGCAGUUCCCUGAUCCCCAAGAGGCCAAAGAUCGUCGCGGAGCAGCCUUCACUUUCGACUCCGCGGCCUUUGCUGACUUUGUUGAGCAGCUCAAGGCAAAGAGCGCGGGUGACGAAGCGGUCCUGGCGCCGUCAUUUGACCAUGCGCUGAAGGACCCCGUAGCUGAUGAUGUACGUGUCGAGUCGCGACAUCGCGUGGUGAUCAUCGAAGGGCUAUACUGCAAUUGCGACGACGGAGAGUGGGCGAGAGGUGCAAGGGCGCUGAACGAGCGGUGGGUUGUGCAGGUAGAUCGGCAAGUGGCGAGAGAGAGGCUGAGAGUGCGACACGUCUUGACGGGCGUGGCCAAAGAUGAGGAGGAGGCCCUGUGGAGAGCCGACAACAACGACCUGCCAAACGGCGACUAUCUCAUGAGCCACCUGCUUGAGCCCGUCAAGCGCAUCGUCUCUCGAGAGGACCAGACUUGGGUCUGAGCAGAUCUUGUGGACAGAAACUUCAUUUAGAGCGAUAA